AUGCGGGCUCCCCAGUGGCUCUGGAUAACAGCCGCAUUCCUCCCAUCAAUCGCCCACACCACACCAACAGAACCCUUCACACCAGCCACAAACGCCGAAGCGAACAAACGAGCCUUCGAGGUCCUCCGAAUUCUAAGACGAGCAGACAACAACUGCCCUUCAGGCUACAAUCCCUGCACAGACCUUGGCAACUCCAACGCAUGCUGUAAACAAGGCACGAACUGCUCGCGCGAUGCAGCCAACAAUAUCGCCUGCUGCGCAACCGGCGCAAGUUGCACAGGCAGUCUAACCGGAUCAACAACGACAACGGGGACCGGGACAGGGACCAGCUUCAUGUUCCCGCAGACCGCAUCCGCGACCGCGACGAGCGGGGACUCCGCUUCUACUUCUUCGAUUACCGGGUCGACGAUUGACGGCGCCUACCCGUUUGUUGCUGUGCCAACUGCCUUUUCCAAUCCGCAGUCUUGCUCGUCGUACUAUUCGCUCUGUCAGUCGGAGUAUACGCAGUGUACGGGGGCGUUGAUGGGGCGGUAUGCGGUUACGAUUGGGGGUGCUGAUGGGGCGGGCAAGACUGUUCAGGCUGUUACGGCUGUGUCGCAGGCUACUUCUAUUUGUUCGAGUUUGAGCGUUGAGGCGUGUCAUGGGCUUAAUCUCGGGUAUUGUAGUUCUGUUGCUACGCAGACUGGGGGUUCUGAGGCUAGCGGUAAUGCUGCGCCGGUAAGGAAUUCUAGUCUUCAAGAUUUGGUGCUGGGGCUGGCUGUUGGGUUUGCGGGGAUGUUUAUAUGA